CGUGGUUGAUCACGUGUCCAUCUCCGGAACGGGCGGGAUAUCCGCAGUAUUGAGCUAACCUCUAAUAAUAUGGCGAAGACUUACGAUUACUUGUUUAAACUUCUUUUAAUUGGUGAUUCUGGCGUCGGAAAGACCUGUGUGCUUUUCAGAUUUUCAGAAGAUGCCUUCAACUCUACGUUUAUCUCCACUAUAGGUAUAGACUUCAAAAUCCGAACAAUAGAAUUAGAUGGCAAAAAGAUCAAACUUCAGAUAUGGGAUACAGCUGGACAGGAGAGGUUCAGGACCAUCACAACGGCCUACUACAGAGGAGCCAUGGGCAUCAUGUUAGUGUAUGACAUUACCAACGAGAAGUCCUUUGACAACAUCAAAAACUGGAUAAGAAAUAUAGAAGAGCAUGCCUCAGCGGAUGUAGAGAGGAUGGUCCUUGGGAACAAAUGUGACGUCAAUGACAAGCGACAGGUGUCCAAAGAAAGGGGUGAAAAUUUGGCUCUGGAGUAUGGCAUCAAGUUUAUGGAGACGAGUGCAAAAGCAAACAUCAAUGUGGAGAAUGCCUUCUUGACCCUCGCCAGGGACAUUAAAGCAAAGAUGGACAAGAAACUGGAGGGUAACAACCCACAGAGCAGCAAUCAGGGAGUUAAGAUCUCAGAACAGCCCAAGAAGAGCAGCUUCUUCCGCUGCUCUCUUCUGUGAUCAGACCAGAGCGUCGGCAUCCACCAUCGCCUUAACCGUGUCCCCCACUGGACCGAACUGGACAGAGCACACUCUGAUGUCCCCCGCUGGACAGAACUGGACAGAGCACACUCUGAUUAUAUCUAUUUUAUUCUUCCUCCAUUGUCUUCCUCCUCCUCCUCAUAUUUGCCCUGUCAUCAAUUAGAAAACUAAAAAAGGUAUUUGCCCCUGAGUAGAUGAGUCUUCCUUCAGCACCUGUGGAUCUAACUGCUGUUGACAGUUUCGACUUCGUAAAAUUGUGUUAACUUUUGAAGGCCGUCUCCUGGUGAGACGCUGAAGACAACAAAGCUUUUCUGUCUAUAACCCGAUUCUUGUGUCACCAUCUCUAACACAUUUGCUGAUGAAGUUCUAUUUAUUUCCUCCACAAAGCCAUCAGAAGCCUAAAUUCUGCUACAUGUUUGCACUGACCUUUGAUCUGCACCCACGAUAUGUAAAUAUGUUACAGAUUAUGUUGUACCAUCUGAAACCUUAAUGCCAGUACAUUUUAUUCCUCAUCCUCGCAGCAAUUUUACAUCUCCGUUUCACGUUUUUUUCUACUGAUUUUGUGGGUGGAGCCAUUCCAUUUUGCUUGUAAACCUCUUGAUGUGCAAUGUAAUGUCUCUGGUUGGUCUUUAGGUGUUCAGGUUGCAGUAAGGCUGUGAUUUCAAGCCAGACGGUGUCCUUUUGCUGUCACUUUCCUCACCGUUUUAUGUGCACAGUCCAGAAAUCAAGAAGUGGUUUGUAGAAGAGAAAACCCCGUUCCUGGGAGGAAGAUUCAGUUUGACAGAAGGAAUCUCAGUGGUGACAUGAUUAUUUUAUGUGUUUGUAUUUGAUCUGGUUCCAAUGGGGGAACAUUUAUACACAACUGUCUUCUGGGCCUUGGAUUGGUGCUGUGCUGUAUCAGUAUUUAUAGAGUGAAACAAGACAUAGCACCAAAAUGACAAAGUGCCCUUUUAUGUUCUAAUUGAUUAUGCACUUUUUUCUUUUGUGUUCUUCCAAUUUAUAAAAAACAGAAGUCCUUAACAUAUAUCAGUUCUUUUUGUCUCAACAGAAAAUUGGUGCAAAAACAUUUCCCAUAGUUGAGAUUUUGCUUUACAUAUUAAAAAUACACACCUUUUUACCACUGCAGUCUUCUUAAACUGUUCCCACUGACUUGGUUAUUACAAUCCUUCAUUUGCAUUUGCUCUGCCAGAGAAGCUUCCAGAUGCUUUUUGUUUUUAGGCGCUGUAUCACAGCUGUCUGACCUGCCUUCUGGGUGCAUAAAAAAACACCUUAAAAGCUUUGCACACGUGAUUUAACAUGCUUUAUUUGAGAUUAUAAACCUGCAUAUUGUUAUUUUGAACUCUUGCAAAGAGAGCUGACCAGAAGUUAAUAAUAGGAAACGUGUUAAAAAUGUCUUCAGCCCAAAAAAAGGAAAAUACUCUGCUUUUUGUCUUCCGAUCAAUUCAUUGAAUAUUCAUGAUUAAACUUGGGCAUUGUUUGUAUCACGAUCUUUAUCUUCCCUAGUAAGUCCAGCACCUUGAUGCUCAUUUAUCUUAAAAAAUGAUCAGAUUCCAUGGAACAAAUAAAUUAUGUCAGCAAUUGUAAAUAAGAUCUACAAUGAUUGUACUGUAGUUUCAUAAAUCCUAUUGAUCUACACUUUUGUAGAUGUGUACUUCUGGUUUAUUAAAAAGAUUUUAAAAAU